GCACUCGGACGAGGACGCACCCAGCUCGGACGACCUGGAGCAAUUCGCCAAGCAAUUCAAGCAGAGGCGCAUCAAGCUGGGCUUCACGCAAGCCGACGUGGGGCUGGCGCUGGGCACGCUGUAUGGUAACGUGUUUUCGCAGACCACUAUCUGCCGCUUCGAGGCCCUGCAGCUGAGCUUCAAGAACAUGUGCAAGCUCAAGCCGCUGCUCAACAAGUGGCUGGAGGAGACCGACUCGUCCAGCGGCAGCCCCACCAACCUGGACAAAAUCGCGGCGCAGGGCCGCAAGCGCAAGAAGCGCACGUCCAUCGAGGUGGGGGUCAAAGGCGCUCUUGAGAGCCACUUUCUCAAGUGCCCCAAGCCCUCGGCGCACGAGAUCACGGGCCUGGCCGACAGCCUACAACUGGAGAAGGAGGUGGUGCGCGUCUGGUUCUGCAACCGGCGGCAGAAGGAGAAGCGCAUGACCCCGGCGGCCGGCGCCGGCCACCCGCCCAUGGACGACGUUUACGCGCCCGGCGAGCUAGGGCCGGGUGGGGGUGGUGCAUCGCCGCCCUCGGCGCCCCCACCGCCCCCGCCUGCCGCGCUGCACCACCACCAUCAUCACACACUGCCCGGCUCGGUGCAGUGACCCCGCGGGCCGGGCCCCCGCCGGCGCGCAGCGAGGCGCGGACGCGCCGCCCGCCCGCGCGGCCUGGACUCUUUUUGUUCGGUUGCUUUGGAUUUUACAAAAAGCCCAGAAACUUUCGAACAAAACCAAACACCCGGACGACUUUCUCCGGCGAGCGGCGAAGACAGCUUCGCCGAUAGGCUGCGUCGCCCGAGGCUCGGGGGAGAGGAGCGAAGAUCCGCAACGCGCCAACUCACCCCCGGCCUUCCGCCCGACGCCUGCUCCCUAUCCCCAUCCCCUCGACGACCCCGCCCCUGCCCCCCGGGCUGUUCGGGGCCGGAUCCCGGCAGCGGCCUCCCCACAGCGACAGGUAACGCGGUGCGGGGUUAGGGAUUCCCCGGGAGAGAGGACGAAGUGAGGAGAGUUCCCCAAUCCCUCUCCCCAGCGCGGACUCCCGAGCUUUCGGGUAAAGGGCGGGGGGCUGUCACUUUAUUCGCUCCAAGGCUCUUCUCUCCUCUAAGGAUGCGCCCCACCCCCUUUCCCCUUCAUCCGGGCUUGGUUUUUUACGGUUUUUAUUUAUUCGCGGAGCCUCUCGGUUCCUGGGGUUCUUCUCACUCCGCCCGCGCCCUUAAUUUAAAUCGCUGUAUACUGUAUUUAUCCGGGCCCCGGAGGGGAGGCCGCGAGUGCCGCGUCUGUGUAUAAAACAGGAAAUAGCCAAAGCUUUAAUCUAGCCUAAUUUAUUUACCCCCUUACCUUCCCCUACCCUCCCUCAAAAAAGCAAAACAAAAACUAACAAAAACAUUUGAGUGUUCAUUUUUUGUUUCGUUUUAUCCGAGCCCCGGCUCGGUUCCCGGCCACGCUAGAGGGGUCUGCGAUCCCACACACACCCGGAUGGGAACAGGCUUCUGCCCCGCUGCAGACUGACCACCGCACAGCAGGGCUCCCAUUCCCCGCGGGGCCCUGCCCUACUGGCCACUAACAAAAGAAACUUGGAAAAGUUGGAGAUAUGUUUUAACCAGCUGUAGAAAUAAGCUGUUCCCCGAGAACCUUCUGCCUGAUUCCCUGCGGCUUCACUCAGCUCCCUUUCCAGGCCGCUGACCCCCUGGGAUGUGGGAUGCUGGGGGAGGCGGGGCGAGAAAUUACUCAAGUUUGGGGUGAGGUGGGAACCAUGUAAAUAUGUGAGAUAUGUACACACUGGCGGGGAGAAGAAACAUUUUGUGCUUGGUUUUUAUUUUUGGUUUUCUGCGUUGCCUCUCCACACCCCAUCCUAAAGGAUUUUGUACACAACUAAUCCGAAAAAGAUAUUUUAAUAUGAUUUCCGGAUUUCUGACCCAUCUCUAUUUAUUUUCUGGAUGUGUUUGGAGCUUCCCCCUUUCUCCAUUUCUUGUUCUGUUUGUUACAGUUUGAAUUUAAAUUUUGUUAUUUUAUUUUUUAUUAUUUUUUGGAACGAUGUUUUUGGUGCAUUCUCUUUGUAUCUUUAUUGCAAAAAAAAUGUAGACUGGGAAGUUCCCUUUAUAUUUAUGUUAUAGUAAAUAUUUUAUUACUCACAUAAACAUGUACCCCAGGGCUGUGUCCUGUCCUCUUUACUCCCAGGGCUGGGUUGGUUCUGGGGUGAAGUGGUGGGAUUCCCUGGCUCACCUGUCCUGAAGUUCUGGCCAUAGUCGGGGAGGUGUUGGAGGAAGGUGACCGCACAGAUCUUUCCAGGCCAGUAUCAGGACCCGACUG